AUGGCCAAAAUAGAGAACGGCCGUCAGUCAGUGGACACAAGAAGUAUCCGGACUAUCAGCAGCAGUCAUAUAGACGACGAAAGCUCUCUGGGAUCUGACUCUGAGAUCAACGGCUUCACAAGCGAGAGACAAACGGAUAAAUAUGGAUUUAUUGGUGGGGCACAACAGUACUCGGAGGAAUCAGCUCAGGAUGUGCCUACAGAGGUACUCAGGCAAAGGGAGGUGAAGUGGCUUGACAUGCUGAGCCACUGGGACAAGUGGAUGAUCAAGAGAUUCGAUAAGGUGAGGCUGCGGUGUCAGAAAGGUAUCCCUCCUGCCCUCAGAGGCCGUGCAUGGCUCUACUUGUCCGGAGGGAAGGUUAAGAGAGAGCAGAACCAAGGAAAGUUUCAGGAGCUUGAUAGCCAACCAGGGGACCCCAAAUGGCUGGAUGUGAUUGAGAAAGACCUCCAUCGACAGUUUCCAUUUCAUGAGAUGUUUGUGGCUCGAGGAGGACACGGGCAGCAGGACCUGUUCCGUGUUCUUAAGGCCUACACUUUGUACAGACCAGAGGAGGGAUACUGUCAGGCUCAGGCUCCCAUUGCUGCUGUAUUACUCAUGCAUAUGCCUGCUGAGGAUGCCUUCUGGGGGCUGGUCCAAAUUUGUGAGAAGUAUCUUCCUGGAUACUACAGUCCUGGCCUGGAAGCUAUACAAUUAGAUGGAGAGAUCCUGUUCGCAUUGCUGCGACGUGUAUGCCCAUUAGCCUUCCGUCAUCUGGAAAAACACAAGAUUGACCCCAUCCUCUACAUGACCGAGUGGUUUAUGUGUGCCUUCUCCAGAACGUUGCCCUGGGCCUCUGUGCUGCGUGUUUGGGACAUGUUUCUCUGUGAUGGUGUGAAGAUAAUCUUCCGUGUGGGUUUGGUGCUGUUGAAGUGCAUGCUGGGGACCCGGGAGAAACUGAAGACCUGCCAGGGCCAAUAUGAGACAAUGGAGCUUCUCAGAGCCAUCGAGCCUCGAUACAUGCAAGAGGGCUUUCUUGUCCGAGAGAUUCUAGAGGUUCCGGUAACAGCACGAGAUGUGGAAAGAGAACAUCACAGCCAGCUUAAGCGUUGGAAGAAGAAACAUGGAGAGCUGAACUUCAAAUCACCACCGAGGAUGCAUGGCGCCCGAAUCAUCAUGCUGUCUGACCCCCCUAGACGCCAGGACCUCCAGCAGAACCCCACAAUUGUACUUGAGGUGCCUCAGCCCACUCCCCAGCUGAAGAAAGGCAAGGAGGAGAAGAAAAGCAAGAAGAAGAAGAGCAUGAAGAAAUCCCAGCCCAUUGAUGAGAUCCCCAAUCCUUACCCACUUCCCGGUGACCCUGUACCUCCACCACCCUCAGAGCCACCCGCCCCACCCCCAACCAGCAGCCUGAUGCCAGAGACGGUGCCACAGACUGAAACACUCCCACCUCACCACCAGCAGCAGCAGCUUGCACCUCCUCCAGACGACCUUCCUCCUGCCAAAGAAUCUCCACGUAAGCGAUCCACGCAAAGCCUUAGCAGCACAGAGCAGGAUACAUACCUGUAGCUCCACAGCAGUUAAAACGUGCCUCUAUGUGGAAAACACACCAGCCAACAUCCAGCAGGUCUGAGUGACCACCAUCAUUCGUCUUCCUUGAAUGAGUAUUGGACUAUUUUGUAUUUAGUUAUUCAGUGUAGACACCAUUCUGCCUAUGUUAUUGUUGGUAUACACUAAAGCAUCGUAGCUGAGUGUACAACUUAUUUGACGCUUACGCCACUUUUUCCACAUGGUGCUGAUGUUACCACCUCUUAAUGCUUGAUGCUCUUAUUUAAACCAUACAUGAGUUGUAAUCUUUUCGCAAAGGAGGCUCGUUACUGAGUAUUUGGGAGUAAAGUCAUUUCCACAGACCAGUUUGAUGUAAAGUUGGGAUAUUGUAUGCAUUUUUUUCCUAAUCCACUCAGCUGAACACUAUUAUAGUGUAUGCAAAACUAAUGUAACCUCCUGUUUUUUAUGUGUUGUUACAACUUAAGUAAAACCAUGUCUUUCAUGAGGGGUUUCAUUCACUAGGGGGCAGCCUUGCAAGUUAUGUUUCUUUUUACUAAAGCUGACAUCAGAGUUGGGAUUCUUCAAGGAUGUUAGUUUGGGAGGUUACAUUUCAGGAUGGCUCUUAGGUUUUUUUUCCCCUUGAGUGCAAAGGCUUGUCAUUUUCUGUAAUAUCACACAUUUGGAUCAGAUUAGUCUGCAAACUUAACAAUUUAAGAGAUGGCAUGUCCAUGUCAUCUUUUUGUACAAUGUUUAUUUAUUGAAUCAUUUCACCAUGACAUUUCUUGUGUUUGCAGAUGCCACACCAGAGCAUAAAUAUUUGCUUUGUCCGACCCUGAAUUGAUGUGGUUUUACUCAAAGACUCACUGUGCCAGGCACGUCCAGCCACUUAAUAGCUGCAUUAAUUCAUUUUACUUUGGCAAUAGAGGGGAGAGCACUGGACAUUCCUCAGUGUAUGACACAUUCCUGCCUUCUUAAAAGCUAAUCAGUCUGAAAGCUGUCUUUUGCCAAAUGCAAAUUUGUAUAAUGUGUGUGUUUUUGCAUAGUUUUCUUGUAAGAAUUUGGCCAAUGAGUGGCUGGAGAUCACCCAGUGGUGUUGACCCUUUGUCUUGGCUGUGCUUAAAUAUCCAGUCAGAGCAAAAAUAUCUUGAUGUUGGGUCUGUUUUUAUAUUUUGCUAGAAUUUCCAAAGCAAAUCCAGAUUAUGUUUUACUAAGAUAACCUAUGACCGCUACCUGUGACCAGACUGUUUUGUUAUUAAGAGAGAGAUUACGUUUUUGUUUUUUUUUUUGGAAAGGGGAGACGUAUAUUUGUGGCAUUUCUCUUGAAACCAGGUUCAUUUCUUAAAUACAGAGAUGCAUUUUUUUAGGCAGACAAUCUUUUUCUUUUUUGUUUUCUAAUUUUCACAGUAAUGAAACUGGUAAUGGGAGAUUUGACAUGCAUGACCGCAUAUGUAUGACAUGUUUGCCUGGUGUAGUUGAUAUAAAAGAGCGUUUUUGCAGAAUGCAUGUGUAUGUCAGUUUCUAAAAGCCACCAGGGUUAAAAGAUAACACAUUCUCAAAACCAUCACUUGUCUGUAUGCUCUAGUUUUUUAGUUGCUUGUAUUACAAACCUCACAUUUCGCUGAUUUUAUAUUUUAAUUUAAUGCUUGUUGUGUAGAUAUGACAUGUAAAAUAACAAUUUGUUUUGUAAUGAAAUCUAUUUUUCAAUGUAUGACGCUAUAUGUUUGAGCAGUUGGAUAAAAUACAGAGGAGAUGUUUGUAAAAAAAACAAAAAACAAACAAACAAACCUGAGGUCGGUGUAUUUUGGAUCAGAAAUUCUAACACUAGAAUAAAAAGAUGUUCACUCCUCUGUAAUGGGGGGGUAACCUUUGCCACUGAAAAUGGAAACAGAUUGGUAUUAUUUUACCAUUACACUAGGGAUAUGAUACAACUGCAUCAUCAUGAGUCUAAAUUCUACAAAUAAAAUUUUUGUUUAACUCCA